CUAACAUUGCCUGUGUUCUGACAUUAGCACUCAAUCCUGUCAACAAACUUUUAUCUCUUCUGCGCUGCGGAGUUCGUUAGUAGCUCUGCUUCUGUUCUAGGGAGUUUUUAUCAUUGCUAGCUAAUUUCGGAACGCGCCGUACACAUUUGGAACGCGGAAGACUCAAGACGGCGCGUUUAUCACAGCACAGCUGAGCACAACACGUGGUUGGAAUUUGUCACGCAGCAAUCAGUUUUAAAAUGUCGAUGUCAAUGAAGAAAGUCCUAGCCUCUGCAAAGAAGGUUAUGCAUCCGAACAGUCGAAAGUCGAUAGCGAUAACGAAAAAGACAAAAAGAAUAACAAACAGGGAGAAACUGAAACUUGGAAAUGCCAUGAAGCAGAAUUUAAUUGGUGAAAAAAUGCUGUGGAUACAGGAAAACAUGUUGCCUGACGUCUGCCCCUAUACUCCACAACUCGCCGAUGAGUUGGUAAAAAAGUACAUGGCCCGUAACGAUGAAGAAUUGGAGCAGAUAAGUAUCAAGCAUUCGAUCGGUGGCAGAAAAAACAGGCAGCACGCUAGCAGGGAGGACAUAUUACGCAUGACUAAGAAGAAUGAGGAGGCGGAGUACGAUACAUGUGGAAUAGAAAUACCGGACAUAUUCAACCCAGCGCAGUGUGAAAUGCUUCGAAAAUGGGACGGCGAGCUCAGGUAUUUGCCAAAUUUUAAAUUCACAAGGUUUGGUAAAAAUCAUUUGCUGAAAGCCAUGCGCCAUAGCGUGAAACCAGCCAAAAAAUCUGUGACAAAGUCUGGUGACGAGACUCUUGACAAAUUGAUGGCAGAAACACAUGGUAAAGAUAGUACAGACGACAAGGUAACGAGUAGUAGAAGUGGUACAAGCGACGCAUAUAGCGAAAAAGACAAACCUUGUUUUAUGGAAGUUGAAUAAAUAUUUUAGUAACCA